UUCUGCAGCUUCCUAGUUUUCCACAAGCAACAUCGAAACUUGGGCUUUUAUCAUCGUUGUGGAUAGUUUUUCUUUUCCUUUUAACAAAUAGUAGUUGAUUUAUCAAGCAUGGAGGAUAUUAAUUGGACAUAUCUUUGCAUGAUACUUUCUCCAUCUGUAUUCUUAUUACAAGAAUUUAAACGUUCUGGAAUACGCUUGAAAGAUAUAUUUAGAUACUCUAAUAUAUUCAAAACGGUACCUAUUAUAAUUAGUGGAUUAAUAUUAUUGAAAUUUAUUAACAUGACUUCUACAACAAAUUACACUUGUAUGCAAGUGGUAAUGUGGAUUUUUGCAAUAGCCCGUCAGACAAUAUUUUAUCGACACAAGUACUCAUCAUACUUCAAAGCUAUCGAAAUUUUUCUUAUGGUACUGUCGUUCAUCAGUUUUUGCCAAGUACUAGCUUUUUCAGGCAUGCCACACCAUCCACCCAAAGUACGAAAAGUACACGCAUAUAUGCAUCCUCACGUUCCAGGCAAUUUUCGACGCGUGGGUCAAUCAAAAGACGAAUUAUAAUGUCGAUGUUAUUAAAAAAUGCACAGUUCAUCGGUAGUGAAAGAAUCAAUAAUUUUUAUUGUUUUUUCUUUCUUUUUUCGUUAUUGUUCACAUCAAAAAUAUUUUAUAUUGAACGUAAUCUUUUUAUAAAAAAUUAAAAAUGACAAUAAAUUUUAAUCAAAAAGGUGUGAUUUUAUUAAUUAUUCAGCAGGCAAGUUACCUGUUUCCAUUCCAUGCUGAUUUGAGUAUUUAUUUAUUUAUUCUAUAAGGGUAAAACCGUUACGCUCUUUUUAAAUUUAUAGGACAGUUGAAACCUACAUUUUCCAACUUCACUUACACACAUGCUGUAUUUCUUUUCCUCUAAAAAAUAUCGAUCGAAGUGUUCCAAAGUGAUGACCCAUAUAAUGCAAUGGUAGAAAUCUAAAUUACCCACCGACCCUGCUCAUCUAUGGUUCUCACGCAUUUGCACCAAAUAUUGAGGGUUGUGAAAGAAUUUUUAAUGCUUGUUAGAUUUAUGCGAAGACAGCUUGGAUCAUUCAUAAAUCGUGAAAUAAAUGCCUUUUCUUCUGUGAACAAUUAUAAUCGUAAUAAAGGUUCAAAUAUAUAUCCGUUGUGAAUUAAAAUAAAUCUUUUCCACCUAAUAUGAAAAGAAAAUUUAAUUAAAUAUUUAUGCAACUUUAGUGAGAAAUUUGAAUUAUUUGAUGAAUUCAAAAAAUCAUCACUUAAACAUUCUGUACCACAUGAUUUGUUUUUGCGCAAAAUCGUUCGCAGUUUCAAAGUGACGCAGAUCUAUACAUCACGUGUAA